AUGGCCAGUAAAGGAGCAAAACAGAGUCGCUCAGGCUCCGGCGUUGCGGGUAGAAAAGGUACAGGUGACCAAGAGGAAGAGGAGCAGCCGCUGCUACAGGCUGUCUUGAUCGCAGACAGCUUCAACCGGAGGUUUUUCCCCAUCUCCAAAGACCAGCCGAGGGCUCUGCUGCCACUGGGAAAUGUUGCAAUGAUCGACUACACCUUGGAGUUCCUGACUUCAACCGGGGUGCAAGAAACAUUCGUCUUCUGCUGCUGGAUGUCAAAUAAAAUCAAAGAACACUUGCUGAAGUCAAAAUGGUGUCGCCCCACCUCUCCAAACACGGUCCACAUCAUCACCUCAGACCUGUAUCGCUCCCUCGGCGACGUGCUCAGGGAUGUAGACGCAAAGGCUCUUGUGCGCUCUGACUUUGUGUUGGUGUACGGAGAUGUGGUGUCAAAUAUUGACAUCAGCCAGGCACUACAGGAGCACAGGCAUCGACGAAAGAUAGAGAAGAACAUCUCAGUGAUGACGAUGAUCUUCAAGGAGUCAUCGCCCGGUCACAAGUCCCGCUGUGAGGAAGAUGACAUCAUUGUUGCUAUGGAUAGCAAGAGCCAGCGGGUUUUGCACUACCAGAAGACACAAGGGCUGAAGAGGCUACAUUUCCCCAUGAACAUUUUCCACAGUGGGAGUGACGAGUUUGAGAUCAGAUAUGACUUGUUGGACUGCCACAUUAGUAUCUGCUCCCCACAGGUGGCUGAGCUCUUCACCGACAAUUUCGACUACCAAACGAGGAAUGACUUUGUCCGAGGGAUUUUGGUCAAUGAAGAGAUUUUAGGCAACCAGAUACACAUGCACGUCACCAAGGACGGUUACGGAGCGCGGGUGUCCAACCUGCUCAUGUACGACGCCGUGUCGUCGGACCUGGUGCGGCGGUGGGUGUACCCCCUCACCCCGGAGGCCAACUUCACAGACCAGAAGGGACAGAGCUGCACACACUCACGCCACAACGUGUACCGAGGCUCCGGCGUCAGCCUGGGCCACGGCAGCCAGAUGGAGGAGAACCUUCUGAUUGGCUGUGACACGAGCAUCGGCGCCAACUGCCACAUCUCCAACAGUGUCAUCGGCUACAACUGCACCAUAGGUGACAAUGUCAUCCUGGACCGCGCCUACAUCUGGAAUAACGUCCACAUUGCCAGUAAUGUGGUGAUCAGCCAGUCUGUGGUCUGUGACAAGGCUGAGGUCAAAGAGGGCGUGAAGCUUAAUAAACAGUGCGUCCUGGCAUACAACGUGGUGAUUGGCCCAAACAUCUCUCUGCCAGAAGGCACUGUGGUGUCCAUGCACCAUCCGGAGGAAGAGGAGGAGGAUGACGAUGAAUUUCUGAGCGAUGACGGCGAAGUCGGUCAGAGUCAAGACAAAACAAAACAGAAAGCAUUUAACCCAGCAGAGGUCGGAGCGGAAGGGAGGGGCUACAUCUGGAAAGCCAGCAGCCUGGACGACACGGAGGAGGAAGAGCUGUCCCAGUGCCUCUGGGGCUUGGUGCUGAAUCCCGACCCCGACAGUGACAGUGAGGCCAGCGAGCCCGACGGCGCAGACGAUCCUGCGAUCCCCUCCCCUGAAAUGGACGACGAAGUGUUUCAGAUCGAGGUCCUGGGGACUCUGCAGAGAGGCCUGGAGGAAAACAUCGGCUGUGACAAUCUUGUGCUCGAGAUCAACUCUCUUAAGUACGCCUACAAUAUCAACAUGAAGGAAGUCCUGCAGAUUUUGACCAGAGUGGUGUUGGACUUCCCGUUCCAGCAGCAGGGCCCACAGCUCACCACCCCACAAUACGCUGCCCUCCUCCUGCCUUUGUUGAAGAAGUGGGCCGGGGUCUUUAAAAACUACGUGAAGAGAGCUCAGGACCACAUGGACUGUCUGUCUGCCUUCGAGGAGUACUUCUUGGAGCAGGAGAGCCACUGGGGGGCGAUGUUCAAGAUCUUGAUGACCAUGUACCAGCUGGAGAUCGUGGAGGAGGAGAUCAUCCUGCGCUGGUUCUCACAGGGAGCCACCACCGACAAGGGCAGGCAACUCCGCAAUAACCAGGGGCUUCGGAAGUUCAUCCAGUGGCUGGAGGAGGCUGAGGAUGAGUCUUCAGAAGAGGAGGGCAAAUAACGUGGAGCGCUUGAAAAGGGACAAAGGCGACGCUGUAAACUUUUCAACAUUUGUUGUGUAAACUAAUUCUCCUCUGUACAGUGCAAGUUUACAUCAAUUUAUCAUAUAGUGCCACAUUAUGUAAGGGCUGUGUGCUGUUAAUCUCAAUAUCCAAAUAAAGACAGAAGAACCUGG